AUGGGUAAUAAAACAAAAGGUACUAAACGUACAAAUAAACAAGUUGAUACAAAUUUUAAUAAGAAAUUGAAAACUACUAAUGAAUUACCAUCAUCUCCACUUUCUGAAAGUGAAGAAGAAGAUUCACAAGAAGAAGAAGAACAAAAAGACGCCGAAUCAAGUUCUGAAGAUGACUUAGAUAUGAGUGAAUCAGAAGAUGAAUUAGAUCAAUUAGAUGAAGAAGAACAACAGAAAGACGAAGACGAACAUGAAGAAGAUGAAGAAGAUAAAGAGGAUGAAGAAGAUAAAGAUGAUGAAGAAGACGAUGCUGCGGUUGAAAAUGAUGUCAAAGAAUCAGAUCCAAAUAAAAAAUCUUCAAAAGAACAACAUUUAGAACAAAAGAAAUUAUUAGCUGAACGUAAAUUACAAAGAAAAUCAGGAGUGGAAAUUCAAAAAAUUAAAUCUUUAUGGGAAAAAUUAAGAGAUUCAAAUACUACUAAAACACAAAAGGAUAAAUUAUGUAAUGAAAUUUGGGAAUUAUCAAAAGAUUGUAUAAAUGAUUUAGUGUUAAAACAUGAUGCAUCAAGAGUAGUUCAAACGUUAGUCAAAUAUUCAAAUAAACAACGUAGAUUAAUAAUUACUCAAUCUUUAAAAGGUUCAUUUUAUCAAUUAGCCACAUCUGCAUAUGGUAAAUAUUUACUUAUAAAAUUAUUACAUUAUGGUUCAAAAGAAAGUAGACAAUUAAUUAUAAAUGAAUUACAUGGUAAACUUCGUAAAUUAAUGAGACAUAGAGAAGGUGCAUAUGUAGUUGAAGAUUUAUUUGUAUUAUAUUCAACUGCAGAACAAAAACAACAAAUGAUGAGAGAAUUUUGGGGUAGUCAAUUUGCUUAUUUUAAAGAUGCAGGCGGUAAUAAAACUGUAAUUGAUAUAGUUAAUGAAAAUAGUGAAAAGAAACAAUUAAUAAUGACUAAUUUAUAUAAUACUAUAAAAGCUUCAGUUGAAAAAGGUUCAACUGGUUUUCAGAUUUUACAUGCUGCAAUGAAAGAAUACACAAAUAUAUUAAUACAAGAUAUAGAAGUCAAUGAUUCAUCAAUUAGAGAAUUUAUUGAUUUGUUAACUGAACAAUUUGCUGAAUUGGUACAUACUCAAGAAGGUUCAGAUGUUGCUAAUAAACUUAUUGCAAUGGCAAAUGCAAAAGAAAGAAAAGGGUUAAUUAAAUCUUUAAAAUCACAUAUUGAUGAAUUGAUAAAGAAUGAAUAUGGGAAUCUUAUUUUAAUUAAUUUAUUUAGAUGUGUUGAUGAUACUGUUCUUGUUUUCAAAUCAUUUAAUGAUAUAUUUACAAUUGAUAAAUUUCCAAAUAUCAUUGAAUCUAAAUUUUCAAGAAGACCAAUAUUAUAUUUAUUUAAAGGAUUAAAUGGGAAAUAUUUUAGUCCAAGUACCAAAAAACAAUUGGAUGAAUAUGAAGAAGUAGCAUAUAGAAAAACAUCAAAGAAGGACAAAGAAACAAGAAAAGCCGAAUUGCUUGAGAAAUCAUUAAUUCCAAUUUAUAAUUCCCUUAUUGAACAACCUAAUGACUCAAUGAAUAAGAUAUUAUCAAAUAAUAUGUCAAUACAAUUAAUUACUGAAUUAUUAUUGACAAAGACUGAAAGUUCAAAAGUAAAUGAGGAAUUGAGACCAAAAUUAAUUGAAAUCAUUUUUGAACAUACUGUAAAAGGUGAUAUUUUAGAAGAUUAUCAUUUAUUAAAUAAAACUCCAUUUAUUUCAAGAGCAUUAAAAUCAUUAAUUCAAGGUAAUCAAUUUAAAUUUAAUAAUAAAAGUAAGAAAUUAGAAAAAAUAGAAGGUGAAAAUAAUCCUAAUCUUGGUGUAGAAUUUGCUGAAAAGGUAGUUGAUGAAAUAAUAAGUACUGAUGUCGAAAAAUGGACUUCUAAUCAAGCUGCUUUUGUGUUGGUAUCAACUAUUGAAGUUUUAGAAUUAAGUAAAUCUAAAAAAGUCAAUAGUAUAAAGAAAGAACUCAAAAAACAUAAAAAAGAAUUAGGUAAAUCAGAAGAUAAAGGAUCUAGAUUGUUGUCUACAUUUAUAUAA